CGAGCCCGAGCCCGAGUCAGCAACCAACCAGGCAAGGAAGGAAAAUUAAUUGAGAAGGCGGGUGUGUGUGUGCAGUGUGCAGUGUGUGUGCUGCCUGUGAGUGUUGCCUGUGAGUGGCUGGGGAGGGAGCGAAGAUCCGGAACCGCCAGACCACCGCCAGACCACCAGUGUCCACCACCAGUGACCAGUGCGAUCUUGACACACACACAUCGACCGUUUUUUUCGUUCUUCACCCUACUUCCUUCUUUGCGCGGUCUCACGAAAAAAACGCACUCACUCACUCACGAAACACGAAACGAAACGAAACACCCUCCCCGCAACAUCCGUGCGCCUCGACUCCACUCCCCUCGACACCUCCCCUCCUCCCGCACAAUGACUAAACCGCAAAUCGCUGUCUUCCUCCCGAUCUUCUUCUCGGCUUUAGUGAUCUGCGCGGUAGUCCUCUGCACAUGCAUGUACUGCCACCGACCGAACUUCCUCGGGUUCGGGGGACGGGGCCGUGGGUCUGGUAGCGGCGGGGGCGGUGGCGGCGGUGCUGGCGGGCGCGGCGACGGCAGCGAUUACACCAGUAGCAGCGAUUCCUCGACCGAUCUUGAAAAGGGCCCCGACGGGCGGCGGAGGGUGACAGAGCGCGUUGUGGAGCGGGUUUCGGGCCCGUCGUAUCCCGGCGGCUACGGAAGGGGUUCGGGCAGCCCCGACGCAGACCAUAUCCGCGUCGUUGACGCGGAGGAGCCGAGUCCGUCUGAGGCUGAGGUCAUCGAGGUCGUCGAGGCACAUCCGGAUCAGGACGAUAAGGGGAGGUUUUUGGGGAUUUUCUAAGCAGCCGGUGAUGCGGCAAUGGGAUGGCAUGUCAAAAGGAGGAGGAGGAGAUGGGGGAGGAGGAGGGGGGAAUUGGGUGAGUAUCUAAUGAGUCAUGACGUGAUGAUGGAUGAUCUGAUGAUGUGGUGGGCCGUGUUAUGUUAAUGUUGAUAUUGUGGCGGAUGGUUGGAUGGAUGUAUGUAUGUUUGCACUUUCAGCACGCGCGCGCUGGAUUGUCGGGUUGUGCUGUCUUGUACGUGUACGGGUACGAUUGUAUGAUAUGAUAUCGCUGAUUUGAUCUACUUGACCAUUGACGGGG